GCAAAAAUCAAGAAACUAGUUUAGCAAGACCAGGGGAUACUCGUUGGGGAUCACACUAUCUAACAUUACUUCGUCUAUCCUCUAUGUGGGCUUCGGUGAUUGGAAUAUUGGGAAAUAUACAAGAUGAUGCCACCACUUCUGACAAUAGAGGUAUGGCCAGGGGUUUGAUUGAUAGAAUGAAUGAUUAUGAGUUUGUUUUUGCAUUGCACCUGAUGAAGUAUUUAUUGGGAAUCACAAAUGACUUGUCACUUGUUUUGCAACAAAGGGAUCAAAAUAUUGUCCAAGCCAUGAGUUUGAUUGAUACUAUGAAAUCUCAAUUGCAAGACUUUAGGGAAGAGGGAUGGCAAAUAAUUUUAGAUGAAGUCAACAAUUUUUGUGAGUUGAAUAUGAUUCCCGUGAUUGAUAUGGAAGACAGUAUAGCAAUCCGUGGCAAUGCCAGGCGCAGUCGCAGAGGUCAAACCAUCACUAAUUUUCAUCAUUAUCGCGUGGAAAUUUUUUGUGAGGUUGUUGAUUUAAUUAUACAAGAGAUGAAUAAUCGUUUCUCGGAAGUUAGCACGGAAUUGCUUAGUUGCAUAGCAUGUCUUGAUCCAAAAAGUUCUUUCUCUCAAUUCAAUGUGCAGAAACUACUCCGUCUUGCUGAUUUAUAUCCUGAAGACUUCUCAAGUAACGAUUAUUUAUAUCUUGAGUCUCAACUUCGAAAUUAUAUUUAUAAUGUGCAACGCGAUCCUCAAUUUUCAGAAGUUGGAGAUUUGGGAAGUCUUGCUCAACAAAUGGUUAAAACUGGUAAAAAUACAGUUUUUCCAUUGGUUUAUCGUCUGAUCCAGUUGGCAUUAGUUCUACCAGUUGCGACUGCUUCUGUUGAAAGAGUAUUUUCUGCAAUGAAUAUUGUCAAGACUGAUUUGCGCAACAAAAUGGGAGACGAGUGGAUGAAUGACUGUCUGGUUGUAUACAUCGAGAAGGAUAUUUUUGCAACAAUUGAAAAUGAGCAAAUAUUGCAGCGUUUUCAACGGAUGAAGACUCGCAGAAUGCAAUUGCCUCCUCUUCGUUAUUCGAGUGCAACAACUACCAAUACUUCAAGUGUUAAUCAAUAACAAAUUUUUGGGUAUGUA